AUGGCUGCCUUGCCCUCUCCUACUCAGGUGGCAGGGACCCACAGUUCUAUAUACGAAGCCUACUACCAUCAGGUUGACCCAAACGGCACUGGAGCUAUCCAGGCGUUAGACGCCGCGCGGUUCCUAAAGAAGUCGCGGCUCAGCGAUGUGGUGCUCAGUAAGAUAUGGGAUCUUUCCGACCCCAAUGGAAAUGGGUACCUGAACAAGGCAGGGCUGUUCGUGGCGCUCAAACUGGUGGCCCUGGCGCAAGCUGGCAAGGACAUCAACAUGAGUAAUAUACAUAGCGAGGCGCCGCCGCCGAAAGUCGGCGAGUUGCCCAAGGUUCCACCACCCAGUGCUCCCGUGGCUUCCACGGGCGACUGGAGCAUCAAGCCGGCCGAGCGCGAGAAAUACAGUCAGUUGUUCGACUCACUACAGCCCAAUAAUGGUCUCAUCCCCGGCAACAAGGUUAAAGGCGUCUUGAUGGAAUCAAAAUUGCCUUUAGAGACUCUUGGAAAAAUUUGGGACCUUGCCGAUCAGGACAAAGAUGGAAUGUUGGAUAGACAUGAGUUCAUUGUGGCCAUGCACCUGGUGUACAAGGCGCUGGAGAAGCACGCGGUGCCCACGUGCCUGCCGCCGGAGCUGCGCGCGAAGCCCGCCCGCCCUCCGUCCCGGCCGCCCUCGCGGCCGCCGUCCCGCCCGCCCUCGCCGCAGCCGCGGCCGCCGCGCCCGCAGCCGCCGCACCCCCUGCACCCCCCGCAGCCCCCGCAGCCAGCCCACCCGCCGCAGCCCGCCCACCCGCCGCAGCCCGCCUCCAACGCCAUGCUGCUGGAGGGACUGCUCGACCUGUCUUCCCCGCCCACUGCGACACCUCCCAGCGUACCCAGCAGUAUGCCGAGCGGCUUGACCAACAGUACGAUGAGCGGCUCGUCGAACAGUUCAACUUUGGGCCCUACGGCGAGUGAGCGGGCGCAAUACGACGCUCAGUUCGAGGCGGCUGAUCUGGAUCGCGACGGGCUGGUCUCCGGUGCGGAGAUUCGGGACACCUUCCUACGUAGUGGACUGCCGCAACAGACCCUUGCCCACAUUUGGGCGCUGUGCGACAGCGGUGGAGUGGGCAAGCUGACGCGGGAUCAGUUCGCGGCCGCCAUGUGGCUGGUGCAGCGCGCCACGCGCGGGCUCCCGCCGCCGCCCACGCUGCCCGCCGCGCUGCUGCAGCCGCCCGAACAGAAGACGGAACCGGGUCUGAACCUGGGACCGCAGCCGACUCCCGAGAUGGAGGCGAUCGCCAGGGAAGCUGACGCGUUGGCGCGAGAGAGGCUCGCACUCGAGGCGGAGGUGGCCGCCAAGCAGCGGGAACUGAUCGCUAAGGAGGGCGAAGCAGACAGCUUGCAGAGUGAAUUAGACACAUUAACGGCUACGUUGAAACAGUUAGAAAACCAAAAAGGCGAAGCUCAAAAGCGGUUAAACGACUUAAAAACACAAGUGGACAAGCUGCAGUCGCAGGUGUCCGCACAGGAGGCGGCUGCUGCGGAAACGGAAGCUGAGGUUGCGAGUCGAAAAGCAGCUGAACAGACCUUGAAAGAGCGAGAGAGAGCGCUCAAUGCAGAACUUCGUGAGGCGGAGAGUGAGGCCGAAGCACUAACUGCACAGCUGCGACGCACUGUGCUGCAGCUUAGCCAGGCGAAGAUAAAAAUCGACCACCUGGAAGAACACGAGCGGGCGAUGGAGGCGGCGCUUGCGGCGAUGGCGGCUGGGACCGCGCCCGCUGCGCUGCAGCCGCUGCACGAGCCGCAGCACCUGCAACGUCUAGCGCGCGGCGACUCGCUCGAGGACGAACCGUUCCCAGAGACGACGACAAAAGCUCAGUCUUCAGAUCCGUUCGCGCCCAGCGAUCCUUUCGCUCCCAGCGGGGGUGCAGUCAAUACUCAGGACGGUUUCGGUUCUGCGUUUACUGACGCGGAUCCCUUCGCCGGCGAUGCGUUCACUCCCAACGCUACAGAAGCGCCCGCCACUACCGACAACGCGUGGGAGUCGGACCCGUUCGCGGUGCUGCACGCGCCGGUGCGCGGCUCGGCGCCGGCGGGCGCGCCGGGCGCGGGCUCCGGCUCGGCGGGCGCGGGCUCGGGUGCGCGCCGCCACAAGACGCCUCCGCCGCGCCCCGCGCCGCCCCGCCCUACCCCCCCGCACAAGAACGACCGCGCCAAACCGAUGGAAUUCACCGAUGACCCCUUCAAAGACUACAGAUACGAGGACCCGUUCAAUAUAGAGGACCCAUUCGCCGAUGUGACCGAUUCGAAAAAGCUCGAUCCCUUCGCCAGACCGACUUCGGUUGCCGGUUUUGAAACGGACGACUUCUUUUCUCCCUCGUCAACCGUUAACGGAAGUUUCGCGUUGCCGGAGAAACGAAGCGGUCGCGUCUCUGCCCCACCAGUCGCUUACGAUCCGUUUUCCGCGCGGUCAGAUUUGAAGACGAACAAUAACGACGCUUGGGCGGCCUGGCCCAACGAUAACUGGGCCUCAGAUGAAGCUUGGACCAAAUCGAAUAACCAAAAAUCCGAUGCGUGGUCGUCGAACUCUACAAAAGAUUCAACAAACGAUUGGAAAACGGAUAACUGGGCGAACAAAACCGAAAACUGGGCAACGGAUUGGGGUACAGAUAGUAAUAAAAACUUAAACGAAACCUGGCCAUCGAAUACUCUUCCAAACAAGAAAGAGAAGUCGCCUAAGCCAGUAAAAUAUGCAAGAUCUCUCGUUCACACUAUAGGUGGGAUAGGAAGAACGCGGCAAAAUAAAGAAAAGAAGCCGAAAACACCCACUGAGGCGAAAAGCGUAGAGUUUUUACCAUCGGAAGAGCAACAGUGGGCCUGGGCAGCCGCCGAGUCUAAACGACUUGAAGCCGAGGCUGAAGAGAGAAGGAGACGGGAAGAUGCUGAAUUGCAACUGGCAUUAGCGAUAUCGAGACAGGAAAAGUGA